GUGAAAGCCUGAGAAAGGAAAAAAGGCCGAACGCCGGGGGAACAAUUCAAGAGGCUAUUUAGCAAAUAGAAAUUUAUAUAAAUCUCAAACCACCGUCUGGAUCGAGUGAUGGCAGAAGACCCGUGUUCACAAAUCGAAGCUGAACUGUAUUACCUCAUUGCUAGAUUUCUCCAGUCGGGACCGUGCAAAAAAUCGGCACAGAUCCUAGUAGAGGAACUGGAGGAGUAUGAGCUUAUCCCCAAACGAUGGAGUUGGGAUGGCAAACAAUAUAAACGAAACUUCGAAGACUGGGUGAAGCUCAACCAACAUAUCCCUGCAAAUUACCUGCUACGUCUGUGCCAGCGGAUCGGCCCACUGCUGGACAGGGAGUUUGCCCCCAGUGUCCCUGGUGUCCGAACUCUCCUGGGUCUUGGGAAGCAGUCUCUCCUCCGCAGUGCCAAGGGGUGUAGUUACACAGUAUGGAGUGGCACCGCCUUCGCCGCCCUGCAUCGGGGCAGGCCUCCAGAACCGCCGCUCGUUCACGGAGGCCCGCCCAACGUCGCUGCCAUUCUGGGGGCCCGUCAGGCUACAGGCGUGGCGCGCUUCAGCCAGGCCCUCCCGUCCUCCACCUACCAGCACAUGAAAAUGCACCGGCGCAUCCUGGGCCACUUGUCGUCGGUGUACUGCGUGGCCUUCGACCGCACAGGCCGCCGCAUCUUCACGGGCUCAGACGACUGCCUGGUGAAGAUCUGGGCGACGGACGACGGGCGCCUCCUCUCCACGCUGCGUGGCCACGCGGCCGAAAUCUCCGACAUGGCCGUCAACCACGAGAACACGCUGGUGGCCUCGGCCAGCUGCGACAAGGUGAUCCGCGUGUGGUGCCUCCGCACCUGCGCCCCCGUCACGGUGCUGCAGGGACACGCCGCCUCCAUUACCUCCAUACAGUUCUGCCCGUCGGUCCGGGGUUCGGCGCGGUACCUGACCUCCACCGGGGCUGACGGGACCGUGUGCUUCUGGCAGUGGAACGCCGUCAGCAUGAAGUUCAACGAACGUCCGGUCAAAUUCACUGAGCGUUCCCGACCGGGUGUCCAGAUAUCCUGCUCUUCCUUCAGCUGUGGUGGGAUGUUCCUGGCCACUGGCAGCACUGAUCAUGUGAUCAGGGUUUAUUACCUGGGCUCUGAGGCACCUAUGAAGCUGUCUGAGCUGGAUGCCCAUGCGGACAAAGUGGUUGCAGUUCAGUUCUGUAAUAACAGUGACAGCCUGAGGUUUGUGAGUGGCAGUCGUGACGGCACUGCCAGGGUCUGGCAGUACCAGCAGCAGGAGUGGAAGGCCAUCACCCUGGACAUGACAACCAGGCUACCUGGGAGUGCUGCUGCCUCUGGGGAUGAUAAGACCAAGCUGGUGGUGACCAUGGUGGCUUGGGACCGUGGGGACAGCUCGGUCAUCACUGCUGUCUCCAACUACCUGCUGAAAGUGUGGAGUUCCACAACAGGCCAGCUCCUGCACGUCCUGUCGGGCCAUGACGAUGAAGUGUUUGUCUUGGAGGCACACCCCUUCGACUCCCGCAUCAUGCUGUCUGCUGGGCACGACGGCAACAUCUACGUGUGGGACCUGUCCAAGGGAGCCAAGAUCCGCAACUACUUCAACAUGAUUGAGGGCCAGGGUCACGGAGCCGUCUUUGACUGCAAGUUCUCAGCGGACGGGCAGCACUUUGCCUGCACCGACUCCCACGGCCACCUGCUCAUAUUCGGCUUCGGCUGCAGCAGGCCCUACGAGAAGAUCCCGGACCAGAUGUUCUACCACACAGACUUCCGGCCGCUGAUCCGGGACUCCAACAACUUUGUGCUGGACGAGCAGACGCAACAGGCCCCCCACCUGAUGCCCCCGCCCUUCCUGGUGGACGUGGACGGAAACCCCCACCCGCCCCGCUUUCAGCGGCUGGUGCCGGGCAGGGAGAGCUGCAAGGAGGAGCAGCUGGUGCCCCAGCUGGGCUACAUGGCUAAUGGUGAAGGUGAAGUGGUGGAGCAGGUGAUUGGCCAGCAGACGGCGGGGGAGGAGCCUGAGGAGAGUCUUCUGGAUGGGCUGAUUAGACGGCUGCAAAACCAGCAAGAUGAGGGGGUGAACUCUCAGGAGGAGCCUGAAGCGGGCGAGUCGCCGGGGGGCCUGGCUUCGCCCCCGAACGUGGGCCUUCGGCGAAGCGGGCAGGUGGAGGGCGUGCGGCAGAUGCACCACAACGCCCCGCGGAGCCAGAUGGCCACCGAGCGAGACCUGCUGGCCUGGAGCCGCAGGGUGGUGGUGAACGAGCUGCAGCCGGGCGUGAGCAGGGUGAUGGAGGAGUGUCGGCUGGUUAAGGGGGAGACGGAGUGUUCGCUGUACAACAUGGAGAGGAGGAAAAAGCCUGCUCACAGUGCACCUAGGAGUGAGCAGCAGGCCCCCAGCAUGCGCUCCCUCCGACGGACGCGGCACAAGCAGCAGCGUCACACCUACCACACCCGCUCCGCCAUCGAGCGCCGCCCCCCGGACCGCGCCCGCCGCACCGGCAGCCAGGGAGAGACGGACAGCGACGACGACGAGGCUGAGGAGGAGCAGGUGGAGGUUACUGAUGGCUCGUCUGAUGGUGAGGACCAGUGGCAGAGUGACAGCAGCUCCAGCGACUCGUCCAGCGAGUAUUCCGAUUGGACCGCGGACGCAGGGAUCAACCUCCAGCCCCCGAAGCGGCCAACCAGAAGGCCCACGCGACGUCCUGGCAACAGCAGCUCUGAGGAGGAUGGUGACGGAGACGGGGAGGGCGCGGGGGCAGGGGAGGAGGCCCGCAGACCGUCGCCAGAGAAGAGGAAAAAAUCCAAGCAGAAGAAGCCCAGCUCGUCCCUGUCGCUGGGCGGACGUGAUGCACAGGAGUGGCUGCCCCCUCCCUGGAUCAUGGAGAUCGUCCCGCGCCGGUCGCCCUUCGUACCGCAGAUGGGGGAUGAGCUCAUUUACUUCCGGCAGGGUCACCAAGCUUACGUCAGGGCGGUACGGAAAGCUCGGUCCUACAGCAUCAACCCGCAGAAACAGCCAUGGAACAAGCUGGACCUCAGGGACCAGGAGUCAGUGAAGGUGGUGGGGAUUAAGUAUGAGGUGGGGCCACCCACCCUCUGCUGUCUCAAGCUGGCCUUCCUGGACCGAAUCUCAGGCAAAAUGACUGGAGAUUCCUUCUCACUCAAGUACCACGACAUGCCCGAUGUCAUCGACUUCCUAGUGCUUCAGCAGUUCUACAACGAGGCCAAGGAGCGCAACUGGCAGCCAGGGGUCCGUUUCCGCAGCAUCAUCGACGACGCCUGGUGGUUUGGCUCAGUGGAGAGCCAGCAGCCCUUCCAGCCUGAGUAUCCAGACAGCCUGUUUCAGUGCUACGCCGUGCGGUGGGACAAUGGGGAGAGGGAGAAGAUGAGCCCGUGGGACAUGGAGCCUAUUCCAGAUGAGGCUUCGUUCCCCGAGCAGGACGGCGACGGGGUGCCGGUGACGGAGGAGGAGGUGAAGUCGCUGCUGUACCGGCCACAGGAGGGCGAGUGGGGCCUGCACACGCGGGACGAGGACUGUGAGCGUGUGAUCCGCGGGAUCGACGACCUGCUGACGCUGGAUGUGGCCAAAGCCUUCUCGUCUCCAGUGGACCUGAGGGACUACCCCCUUUACUGCACUGUGGUGGCGUACCCCACGGACCUGGGCACCAUCCGCAGGAGGGUGCAGAACCGCUUCUACAGGCGGAUAUCGGCCCUCAUGUGGGAGGUGCGUUACAUCGAGCACAACGCCCGCACUUUCAACGAGCCCCAGAGCCCCAUCGUCGCGGCGGCCAAGGUCGUCACGGACGUGCUGCUGCGCUUCAUUGGGGACCAGAGUUGUACAGAUGUCCUGGGGCUCUACCACAAGCUGAAGACUGAGGUCAGCAGCGAUGCUGAGGCAGAGGACAUGGGAUCAGACGUGGAGGUGGAUUCGGACACACCUGGGACUUCCACUGGACAGCGGCGGGCUCACUCCUCCUCGAAGAAGCGCGGGGUGGUGCUGGAUGUCAACGCAUGGCGGGGGCAGUGUCGUGAACUCCUCCGCCGCAUGCUAGAGAGCACCGAUUCCGAGCCCUUCCGCCAGCCUGUCGACCUCUUCGCCUAUCCGGAUUACAGAGACAUCAUCGACACGCCCAUGGACUUAGCUACUGUGUCGGAGACGCUGGCCGUCGGGAAUUAUGAGAAUCCUAUGGAGUUCGCCAAAGACGUCCGGCUCAUCUUCAGCAAUUCCAAGGCCUACACCCCCAACAAGAAGUCCCGAAUAUACAGCAUGACCCUGAGCCUGUCAGCCUUCUUCGAGACGCAGGUCUUGCCCAUCAUCUCAGACUUCAAGUCUGCCGUCCGGAACCAGAGGCGGAGUCGGCAGAGACUGAGCUACCGCAAACGCCUACGGAGCAACAGCAGCUCUCCGCCCACCAGCCGGCCCUCCAGUCCUAAAGGGAAGCACAAGUCAGGGAAGACUCAUUCCAAAUCGUCCUCCAAAUCCUCCCUCCCUGCAGCGAGGAGCCGGUCCAGAAGGUCGUCUCAAGCGUCUGAAGCCAGCGGCUCCACGGUGGCGGACGACGAUGCGGACAGCCAGCCCUCGUCCAGCUCGGGGACGACGUCCCGGCGCAGGGGCCCCGGGGCCGACAGAGUGACACGAAGCCGAGCCACGCCCGACAAGAGAUCAGAGUUGAUGGGCAACGGCCCCCUGACCAACGGCGCGGGACGGGCCCUGAGCACGGCCACGCGGAGACGGCUGGGCCUGCGGGCCGAGGGAGGAGCCGCGCCGUCGGGGAAGUCCAGCAGCAGCUCCUCGUCCUCUUCAUCGUCCUCGUCCUCCUCCUCCUCCUCUUCGUCCUCUUCCUCCUCCUCCUCGGACAGCGACAGCAGCAGCAGCGAGUCGGAGGUGGCAGAGUUCGUCGACGGGGGAGACCACGACUACAGCAAGGCCCCGCGCCUUCGCCCGCGGCACGCCGCCAAGGGGGAGGCCUCCCACGGCGGGAAGAAGAGGCGGAAAAACGAGGAAGAGGAGGAGGAGGAGGAGGAGGAGGAAGAGACGAGGGCCGCGGGCAAACGAGCCAGGCUGGAGGAGCCUCCGGAGCCCCAGCAGGAGGAGCAGGAGGAAGAGGACGAAGAGGAAGAGGAGGAGGAAGAAGAAGAGGAGCCGGAUGAAGAGGAGGAACCUGAAGAGGAGGAGGAAGAGGAGGAGGAGGAAGAAGAGCAAGACGAGGAGGCGGCAACGGUUCAGGACCAGGGCGCGCCGCAGAGGAAGCCACGGUCCGGCCAGCGCAAGACCGCGCGGGUCAACACCCGCAACCAGGGCCGGCGGACGGUGCUGUACAACGACGACUCGGAGGACGACGGCCUGGCGGCCGGCGAGGACCCGCUGAACCUGGGCAUGUCGCGGUCAGGGAGGGUCCGGCGCAUGACCGAGAAGGCCCGCGUCAGCCACCUGAUGGGCUGGAACCACUGAGCUUCCCCCCCCUCACGUCCUCCUGUUUUUACCUGCCAACCUGCCGCCACGGCCGCCAGACACUUUACUCCAAAUGGAUUGACUACAUUUAUACUGCAGGGAUUUCUUUGAUUUUUUUCCUUUUUCGUGUAAAAUAAUUUUGUUUUUUGUUUGUUUUUUGUUUUGAUUUGCUUGUGCAGGAGACUGUUUACGCCUCUUCCACCAGCAGUGGUGCUCUCUCAUUCUCACCAACGAAAAGCCCUCACGGUCUUUUGGAGUUCCACGUCAAUGUGGACCCCCACCCUCCUCCCCUUCCCAGCUUUCCCACGCCCGCCUUACUGCACUCCAAGGCCUUAAAGCAUUACCCCCCACCCCCCACCUCCCCCAGUUUCCUCUACACGCAAGGCCCAGGGAUACCAAAAACACAUGCUCGUAUAUUUAUUUUUUGAAAUCUUGGUGCAGCAAUUUUCUCUGAGUAGAGACUUGAGCCUCGUUCUGUCCGUCUUCGGGUGUCGGCGCUUCCUUUAGCUGUCUGUCUGUUUGGAUGUCAGUCCCAUCUCCAGCCCAGCCCCCGCCCGCAGGCCCAGACUGUCAUUGCGGCUGAAGUGGUGUCGUCUGGAGUCUGAGGCCGGAAGCUUUUUUUUACUUUCUUCCCCACUGCAUGCCUGGCGUGAUGUACAUGGCUGUAGUGUUUUAAUUCUUCCUUUUAACAGUCCAACGAGUCUCAGAAAUGAGAAAUGGAUUUACAUCCCUCUGGGCAACUUGUCACCUGCACAUGUGUCUUACUGUGAGCCCUGCCUCAGCCCCACGGAGAACUGUGAAUCAUGAAGAGAAUGUUUGCGGGUGGAGGUUUUUAAAAAGGAAUUAUACUUUGGCUCCAUUUAUAUUAGCACUGAGAAGUGAUGCCAUUCCAGUAGCUCAACUCAAAUCAUUUCAUUUGUGGCAUCAAGUCUCACUUUUUCCCCAUAAAUCGUGCAGCAUGACUCAUCAUGGAAUUUUCCGGCAGAGGCCCACCACUCUUCCUCCACGUGCUGAAACACUUUUUACUAUAGAAAAAUAUUUAUAUUUUUUACACUAUUGUAUUAUACACUUUGCAAUCAGUUCCUACCAUAAUAAUAAAUGUAAAGACAAAAGUUUGCACAAUACUAUCAACUGUUUGUGGCAGCUGGAACACAAAGACCCCCGCCGAACUGGGCUGUGCAGUGCGCUACUUCUCGGUGCAUCUGAGGCUCUGCCGAACGGAACGUGGCAGCCGUCUCCAUACCCGCAAGCUGUCCCCACAGCAAAGGACUGUUAUCCGUGCAACUGAGAACCACCUCUGAUAAACGGUGCCAUCUCCCAGGCACCCUCCGCAGGACACCUCCGGCACAAUCUGUGCGGCCCUCCCCUCAUCGUGUGUCGGCGUUCAGCCUCAAAGACGAGCCGCCCUUCGCCAAACGGCGGCCGCCCAUUUUAACGGCUUAGCCCCGCGGGGCUCACUCCUUCCUGCCGCACACUGAGCAAGGUGCUGGUUUUAACAGCUUUUUACUCACCUGGGCCUGUCUGCUCCUGCUGGGAAGGCCUCCCGCCACCCUCUGGAAGAGGAGCUUGACCGGCGGCCAUUUUGGGCUAUCGGGGCCUGGCCUCCUAGUUCUAACCUCGUUUCACAACAAACUGUGCGACAGCACCUUUCACCGCCAACCAAUCCAGGACCAGCAUUGAUCUGCACCCUCCCCAAUACGAACGGCACAGGAAGUGAGCAGGACAUGCGUAUUGGGCCCAGUGCUCUCAUCUGUUAGUACUUUAUGUUCUGGGUGUGACGAGUGACCAGCGUGUAUUCCUGUUGGUUUCUUCAGUUUGCUUUUUUUUUUUUCUUCUACAGGCAUAUUUCUUGUGUUUUUUGUUCAAUUUUUAAAAAUAAUAUAACUCGAAAUAAAGAAGCAAGAACAUG